GUCACCCACCCAGGGGGUCUGUGGCCCCGUCGGGGUCCCCAGGGCCACAGAGUCAUGGAUCACUGCGGAGAACGCCUUCCGUGGCUGCCCAGCUAACGCCGGCCGUUGUGUUCGCAGGUGUCCAUGAAGCCUGGGAAGGCCCGUUCCGGCAGCCUCAGUGAGCCCCGGGAGCCCCGGAGGUAGGUGCCUGGACUUCUGUUAACAUCUGGGACAGGAUUUGAACUCAGGGCUCUGAGCCUCCCUUAGGCACUCCCUCCCCCAGGGCUGAUGCCCACCAGGACGCUUCGUGCCAGCUCCCCAGGGACCCCCUCAGCCAGCACCCUGACAGGGCCCUCGACGCUGGGACCCCAAAAGUGAUAGCACGAAGCAAGCCACAAGAUCCCUGCUUGCCUCAGUCUCUUCCUCUGUCAAAUGAGGGCAGUCAUGGUGCCCUUCCCCGUGCCGCUGGGAGGUUCCAAGGGAAUGCAGUUUGUAAAGGGCUUGGCAAGCCUCCCGGCCCAGAGAGAUGCCAGCUGCCCUUGAUGUGCCGCCCACACACCCAGCCUUUUCUAGGGGCGGCUGGCGGAAAAUGAAGGUUCUGUUACUGAAAGACGCCAAGGAUGACGACUCGGGCCUCGAUCCCUAUCUUCAGGAGUUGGGAUCGUGCGGAUUCGAAGCCACUCUGAUACCGGUUUUAGCCUUCGAGUUUUUGUCUCUGCCAAGUUUCUCUGAGAAGCUGUCUCAUCCGGAAGCUUACGGGGGGCUCGUUUUCACCAGUCCCCGUGCAGUGGAAGCCCUGCAGUUGUCCCUGGAAAGGGCCGGCCAGCUAGAAGUCUGGAAAAAGUCUCUGAAAGAAAAAUGGCGCCUCAAGCCGGCGUAUGUGGUCGGCCAAGCCACCGCGUCCCUCGUGAGAAAAGUUGGCCUGGCUGCCGAAGGAGAAAAAUGUGGCAAUGGUGAGAAACUCGCCGAGUACAUCUGUUCACGAGAAAAGCCUGCGACUCUGCCUCUUCUCUUUCCCUGUGGGACCCUCAAAGGAGAAGCACUUCCCAAGACGCUCAAACAAAAAGGUAUUCUGCUGGAAAGCCUAACGGUCUACCAGAAGGUCCAGCAUCCCGGGAUGCAGGACUCCUUGAAGAGCUACUUCUCCACGCAGGGCGUUCCUGCAGGCGUGACCUUCUUCAGCCCUUCGGGGCUCACCUACAGUCUCCCCCACAUUCAGGAGUUGUCUGGAGCCAGCUUUGACCGGAUCAAGUUUGCUGCCAUUGGUCCAACCACAGCCCGAGCCAUAGCCAGUGCGGGGAUCCCCGUGAGCUGCACGGCGGAGAAGCCCUGCCCCCAAGACCUGGCUGCCGGCCUCCAGAAGGCGCUUCGGCCAUCGGGCCCGUCCAGCUCCUGAGCUCCCUAGGUCCGGGACCUUGGGCUCCAUCCUGCACCAGCUGGAGUGCGGGCACUCCCAGAGCUGGGGGGGGCUACCCGGCAAGGCGGGGGAGAGAGAAGGCUGCCAGGGCAUCUUCACGGCCCAGCUCGGGAACGGACUGCACUGCUUCUGCCCCACUGAAUGCUGGGGGCAGAGACAUGCAGGAAAUGCAGUAAAUACCUCGUUGGAAUAAAUUGUCAGCAAGCAUUUAUUAAUCCCCCUCCCCAUGACCAUGUGAAGUGCUGGGGAGACGGUGAAGCACAGUCUGCCAUGUAGUAGGUGCUUAAUAAAUGCCUGCGGACUUGCUGAAGCA